AUGGCCGUUUGUGACAACUUGUUGCAGGUGUGCAAGCUCACCCCGGUGCAGCCGGGGGAUUUCGAUGCAAAGGCCAUCCGCCUGUUGGAUGCCUUGAAUGAGAAGGGUCGUGCCUUGGAGGCAUGCGAGCUACUUCAGAACUCGCUCAAAGGAGUCCAGCGCAAGCGCAUCACCAAUUGGAGAGGCUAUGUGUACUCCCUGAUUCGAAAAGUAGAUGAGUCGGUCUACCAUGAGAUGAAAGAGUCCAAGGAAAAGGAGAAAGAAGAAAAUGGCACUCGAAGACGAAGCAAGAAGUCUGAGGAGAAUCUUUUGAAUCCAGCUUCAGCACCUUCCAAGAAGACUUUAGACAAGACAGCCACCGAGUUUGUUCCUGGGAAGCCAUGGAACACUCCAGAAGUGGUGAAAGCACCCGAAGUGGCACCCAAAACUCUGCGGAAGGAUGCGGCCGAGUUCGUUCCAACCGCACAGGCCCGAGCUGCGCAAGUGGCGAAGGCUGCGGCAGCUGCGCCACUGCAGGCCCCACUCUUUGCUCCCAUGAUGCCACCACCGAUGCCAGCUGCGGCUGCGGCUGCCAUGGCUUUCCCAGACUUCGGGGCAUCAUCGGCAUCAUGGAUAGCCAAGAAGGAGUCACCAAAAAAGGAAUCCAAAGCCAACGGCAAGGCCGCCAUAGCUCUGAAGCCUGAUGCGCAAGAGUUCUUCCCAGGCGUGUCUGCAUGGGCAGGUGCAAUGGUCAUGCCCAAACAAAAAGCCAAAGCGAAGCCCAAGACUGUGCGGCCAAGAAAUCCCGUGGAUCCAGGCUUAGUCCCUUCUCAACCCAUGUCUCCAGGGUUGCAAUCUGGCAGCCGGGAUGACACAGCCGCCAGCUCUCCUUCUCGGUCGCCUGUCCAAGCACAGGAUGCAGUUGGAUCCACAGACACCACGCCCGCCAUCAGCAAAUCGUGUGGUGAUGCCUUUGCCUCCCAGGUUUCUCCCAAAGUUGUGAAGGUCACGAAGGACUGCAGGGAGAUCAGUGGAGUUUUCACCGCCUCCGAAUGUGCGGUGAUCCUUUCCAGUGCCAAAGCCCUGGGCUUCGCAGGCACGGGGAGGUUGGUCUCCAAGGACCCUUGGUUGGCCAAUGCUCUGUGGGAGCGGCUGUCGCCCAUGACUCCCUACAUCAUCAAGGGGAAGCGAGUGGUGGGUCUCCAGGAUGAUUUGGUGCUUCAGUAUGGUGCCAGAAGCUCCCUGGAGGAGCCGAGCCUCGCAGUCCAGGUCUGUUUGAAGUCCAGUAGCUCGGCCUCCGAAGGCCAUGCCUACAUCGUAUCAACUGAUUCAGAUGGACCAGUGGCAUCAUGGCUCAUUGCAAAGAUGCAGUGUCAGCCAAGCUCAUGGUGGACAAUGAUGCAAGCUGCUCUUGGCCUUAGUGGACCUAGAUCUGAACGCCAUCGGAUGACGGCGAUCAUGGCUGUCGUGACCACUGGGGUAACAGCUGCAUUAGUGACUCUCCUCCGACGGCGUCAGCUCCGCAACUAGAGGCACCAAAGAUGGAUCGAAUGGCUCGAAUGGCUGAACAUUCGGUGUGAGCGCCUUAGUUUCAUGCAUGUGUGCCUGAGGAAAGUGCUCGGUCACAUUCAGCAGCUCGGACUGAGCUUCACGGACUUCAUUUCUUUGAAGGUACAGAUGGAACUGUUGCACCAUAAUGUAGCCGCAGAGUUGCACUCGCGCAUGCGGAUGUG